AUGUUUGAAGUAUUCGAGAGCCCAAUCUACUAUAGAAGAGUUCCUUCCUUCUAUGAGGUUGCAAGAAGAGUCCAAAUGCGUAAUAUGUUGAAUGAUCUUUUAUACGACAAUUAUGAUAUCCCACAAAUGUAUCUUUACUUCAGAUCCAACAUCACAAAGCAGAACAAGAAGAAUAAAGGUGAAAAGAAACCAAAGGCCGAAAACGUAAAGCCAGAACAAAAGAAAGAAGUUGAAAAACCAAAACAAAAGGAAGAAGCUCAAAAGCCAGAGAUGAAGAAAGAAAUUCCAGAAGUUCCUCAACCAAUGAUGGAAAAUAAUGAUCUUUUCGAUCUUCCUCACAUGAGACUUCCUACUUUCGACAAUGAUGAUGAUGUUGAUGAAUUUGGAAUUCCAAAGGAAAUGGCAGAAGAAUUCUGGAAGCCAGUCAAAAUAGAGAACUCAAAGAACCAGGAACCUCCAGUUGAACUUCCAAAGAAAGAAGAAUCUAUAAACGAAAUUCCAAAGAAGGAAGAAGAAUUUACAAACGAAAUUCCAAAGAAAGAAGAAGAACUUCCAGUUGAGCUUCCAAAGCAAGAAGAACAGUUUUCAGAUUCAGAUUACGAUGAAGAAGAAGAGGAUGAUUUAGAAGAGCCAAUCCAUGUUCCAGAACCAUCCAAUGAAUUUCAGAAAUGUGGUGUUGUUGUAGAAGAUAAGAAGAAUGAAGUUGUUGAAGAAGAAAAACCAAAAGAAAUAGUUCCUGAACAAGAAGAGCCAGAAGAGAUAGUUUCUGAACCAGAAGAUGAAGACUUCACAUGUGAAACAAGAACAAUUACAAAGAAAGGCGGAUUUAAGCACACAAUUCGCACAGAGCGAAGUGAAGAAACAGGAAUUGUCAUUGUUACAGAAACAAGAGAAAUUGGAAACCAAUCAAUGACACUCAAGAAGAUUAUUUAUACAGAUGGUGAUAUCGAACAGUUUGAAACAAGAAAGGCAAUCAAUGAUGAUGAACUUGAAGACUUCAAGGCCAAGUGGAUGAAAGCAUUCCCUCAAGAAUAA